GGGCGGGGCCGGGCGCGGGGGCGGGGCCGGGCGCCCGGGGGGCGCGGCGGCGCGGCGCGGCGCGGCGCGGGCGCUGACCGGGGGCCAUGAGCGCCGCCCGGGCCCAGUUCAGCAUCGACGACGCCUUCGAGCUGUCCCUGGAGGACGCGGGCCCCGGGCCCGAGCCCAGCGGCGUCGCCCGCUUCGGGCCGCUGCACUUCGAACGCCGGGCGCGGUUCGAGGCGGCCGACGAGGACAAGCAGUCCCGGCUGCGCUACCAGAACCUGGAGAACGAUGAGGGAGGAGCCCCGGUGUCUCCAGAGCCAGACGGGGGCGUGCACACCAGGGAUGCUGGCUGCCGAGCAUCCUCCGUCCGCAGCUCCCAGUGGUCCUUCAGCACCAUCAGCAACGGCACCCAGCGCUCCUACAACGCCUGCUGCAGCUGGACGCAGCACCCUCUGAUCCAGAAGAACCGCAGGGUAGUGCUGGCCUCCUUCCUGCUGCUGCUGCUGGGGCUGGCGCUGAUCCUGGCCGGCGUGGGACUGGAGGUGGCCCCCUCGCCAGGCGUCUCCAGCGCCAUCUUCUUCGUCCCUGGCUUCCUGCUGCUGGUCCCGGGAGUUCCAGUACAGCCUCACCCACUUGUUUAUGUGUGGACUCUGGCUGCUUGGCAACACAGACCACAAAGCAGAGCGAGCAGAUACAGCAGAAAAUGUGGUCCUCAGCCUCAAAUCCGGACAACCCAGCCCUUUACAGAAAACAUAUGCCACCCCUGCAGCGAUAGGAACCCUUUGACAGACACCAAGUCAAACAUUUAAAGUUUUCAUGUAGCCGUGGCUGGUGUUGCCCAGUGGUUAGAGUGUCCACCUGAGAACCAAAGGGUCACGUGUUCCAAGGGCAUGUACCUGGGUUGCAGGUUCAAUCCCUGGCCCAUGUCAGCGUGCAUGGGGGAGGCAACCAGUUAACGUGUCUCACUUACAUGGAUGUCUCUCUGUCUCCCCUCUCCUCCCUCCCUUCCACUCUCUCUGAAAAGAGACGGGAAAAGUAUCCUCAGGUGAGGAUUAACGACAACAACAACAACAAAAUGGAAGCCUGCCCUCCCGCCUUCCAUGUUGUUCUGCCUAUUGUUUCAGUCCCUAUUGUUUUUAAAAUCCCCCCAAAUGAAAAUUUUAAAGUAAAUGCUUCUUUAAAUCCA